UAUUUAGCUGAUCUUAUUGUCGGUGCCGGUGAUACUACAGCUUCACUAUUAUUGUGGCUAUUUGCUAUACUGGCAGAAUAUCAAGAUGUUCAGAAGAUAAUAUGCGCAGAGAUUGAUACAUUUAUGAUGAAACAUGGUCGGAUACCUUCCUUCUCAGAUAGAUUGGAUCUUCCAUACACUGAAGCUGCUCUUCUAGAGAGUGCCCGCUUUAGAUGUGUUAGCAACUUUGGUGUCCCUCACUGUGUAACAGAAGAUGGCAAUACAGUCCAAAUAGAUGAGUACUGUAUUCCCAAGAACACGCUUGUUGUGAUUAGUAUGUACGCUAUGCACAUGAACCCAGAUGUUUAUGAAAAUCCGCACAAGUUCAUGCCCGAACGGUUCUUUGGACGUACAAACAGUUGGAAUACGUCUUCUAAUGGCAGCAUCAAAGAUCGCGAUAUUUAUAUGUUUGGAUGGGGAAGGUGGGUUUAUACUAAUGUAUACACCGUAUAA